CUCACCGUGAAAUGGGCAUUGCGUAGUUGUUGUUUUGACUCUAUAAGCCCUUAUGCCUUAAAGAAUGAGAGCCUUAGGGAGGAGGACUGUUGAAAUGAUGCUACGCGGAGAUGGAGAAUGGAGGACCUGCAAGAGUGCAUGACAAGCGUGUCGGUGCCGGAUUGAAGAAAUUAUAAAAAGAGGAGAAACACAUCACCACCUGAAGCCAUGGGGAUACGACAUCUCCUACUUCUGUUGGUCUAUCUAGACCCGCUGUGCGUUCUGAGCGCAUCCACAGCCAAGCAGAGCAAACCCCCUCCAAAGAGACCCCCAAAGGUGAGGGAGGUCAACAGCACCGUUGCUCCGACAGUUGCACCCCGACGGAUCACACAAGUCCAGGCGCCCAUCGUUGGUGAUCAUGACACCUGUCUUGGUUACUAUGACGUGAGUGGUCAGUACGACAAAGAGUUUGCCUGCAACAACACUGACCACCGGUACUGCUGCGGGAGCUGCUUCCUGCGCUUCUGCUGUCCUGUGAAAGCCAAACGACUAGAUCAGAGAGUCUGUACCAACUACAACACGCCCGACUGGAUCAAAACCCAACCGCCCUCACCAGCACCCACAGGGGACACGUACGACCCUGCACUGGACCAGACCAACACCACCGUCUACAUCACCUGCGGGGUCAUUGCCCUCCUUAUCAUCCUGGGAAUUUCUGCCAAAGUGGCCUAUGAUAAAGCCACCAGACCGCCUCAAGAAAUGAAUGUCCACAGAGCGCUGGCGGACAUUUUGAGACAGCAGGGGCCCAUUCCUAUAUCACAGUACGAUCAUGAAAACAUCGCCGCUAUUGACACCUCGCCCAAAGAGAACACGCCUGUACGGACGUUCAAGAACCACUACACACCAGUGCACAACAAAAACAACCACGGGCAUUAUGGGAAAGAAAACUUCCGCAGUGGUCAAGACAUUCACAACUUUAUCUCCUCCGGCUUUGUGACGCUUGGCAGGGGCCAUGUGAAAGGGCAGCACUCUGUAGAUGAUCUCGGGCAGCUGUCCUGGCAGGGCGAGCUGGACGUUCCUCUGUCCUACAGUAACCAUCCACACGACUAUACCAGCCAUCUGGAUCUCACUGGGUCACACACGCCCAAAAUCGGACACCGAAUAGUGUACUACGAGAAGCCGAGAAUGAACAACAUCCUGACAUCCCAGACAGAGCCGUACGACCUGUCGUUCUCCCGGUCCUUCCAGAACCUCACACACCUCCCACCGUCCUACGAGAUGGCCAUGACAGUAGACUUAAGCGGCAAGGACGACGAGUACUACAUCCGAAAGCAUCAUUUACCCGAUCCGACGCCUCGCGGCGGCAACCUGCAGACACACAUGAUCAAGCUGAACGUGGAUCCGCCGGCGCAGCGCCAGAAGCCCAAACGCGUGCAGCGCGCCAUGUCCCAGGACCACGUGCUCUCGCCCGCCCGCUCCAAACCGCACCGGGACUACGGCCUGAGAUCGUACAGCAGCGGUGCCGGCGGUCUGUCCCCGUACCACGGACGCAUCCUCUCUGAGGAGCAGCUGCUGUCGACUGACCGACUGCACUCCCAGGACCCGCUGCUCUCGCCGGAUAAGAUGCUGUCCUUGCGGCGCUCCGAUUUCCGGGAGAAGGCCAUGUCGCGGGCGUUGUCGCAUACGGACAUGUUCGUGCCGACCACACCGGUCAUGGACAGGCACUACAAAAUGAUGAAGAUGCAUUCGCACCCCAGCAGCAGCAACAACGAGUCCUACAACACACUGACUGUGAACAGCGCGCAGGUGGGCAACAAAAGGCAGGCGUUCGCCAGCCGCCGCAUGCAUACGGUGGACCACCUGCAGUAUAUACCUGGACAUCACCAUCAUCAGUACAGAACCGCCAGCAAGACUGAAGUAACUGUCUGAGAGAGCGAGACAGGAGAGCUAAUGAUGUCAACAAACAAUCCAGCUGGAGGAAUUUGCAGCAGUGUCCCACUUCGACAGGUUUCUUUUUUUAAGCGUCCCACCUUGACCCGUUCCUGCUUCCAGCGCAAGCUUUCCACUCCAUCAGUUCCGGGUCGGCUUGGGAAGGAUCCAGACUUUCUUCUCAUAUGUAGAGCAAACGCAAGGGCU